CUUCCCUACUGUGGUAGUUCUGCCACACCCAGACGCGUCUUCCUGGUCUGUUAUGCACAUCAUGACUGCUGUUUCACUCUCUCCGCACAAGCUCGUCAGCCGCAAUGCUCGUCUUCCCUCCCCAGAUCCUGCUUCGAUCCGACUGCCCGAAUCGCCAGACAAAGCCAAUGUGUCGCUCUCGACUGUUGGUGACAAGCCUCGAAGUCUACGCAGACUACAGUCGCACAAUCAGCUCUCUACCGUCAAUAUGGGCACACAAUAUUCGAAUUUGAAACCUCGAUCCGGAGUCCCUACGAAACCAUCACGCGAGCAUUUAAAUCAACCACCCUCUACCGCAGCCUCAAAUGGCACCGCAAACCCUUCCUCUCGAGCUCGUGCGAACAGUGACGCUCCGUUACCUUAUAACCCUCGCAAUUCUCGAAAAGCUGGCAUAACCUCUCCUCCAUCCUCGAAUCACAUAGCCACUCAUGCCCGCAAGUCCAGUCUUGAAAUGACCUUAAGAGAUGGACCUCCACCAGGAACCACAUCAGUCACAGCUCUCUCGUUACUGCGCCACUCAAUAUUGACCAGUGGUGUCACAGCGACGAAAGAAGGAAUGUCAGACUACCGGAUAUACCUAUGGCUGACAUUAUUAAAUGUUGCUCCUUUGCCCACGGACACAUACCUCGAGCUCAUUCACCGAAGCCGCAGCCCAGCGUAUGAGAAGAUCUCCAACGAUGUCUUCCGCACACUAGCUACCGAUACCUUGUUCAAGCGAAGGGUAACGGACGCAAGUCUCACCAGAGUACUCAACGCGACCGCAUGGCGGAUCCAUGACGAACAAUCCUCAGAUCCUCCGACCGAAUUCGCACAACAACAUCCUCAGGCCACAUAUCUCCAAGGCAUCAAUGUCCUAGCAGCACCGUUGCUAUAUGCUUCACGGUCGGAGUCGCAAGCUUACGCUCUUCUGACUUGUCUUCUCUCCGAACACAUCCCCACAUAUCUGUCGCCAACCAUGUCCGGCGUACACAGAGGUUUGGACCUUAUUGACCAAAUCCUCGCUUACAUCAACCCGACGCUCUCAGCCUUCCUCCUCAGCAAGUCAUUACCCGCCAAAAUCUAUGCAUUCCCCUCGGUCUUGACCCUUUGUGCAUGUACACCAACUCUUCCAGAAGUACUCAAGCUCUGGGACUUUCUGUUCGCUUUCGGCGUGCACUUGAACGUCAUCUGCGUGGUUGCACAGCUGAUACUGCUGAAAGACAAAUUACUUAAUGAGCCGAGUCCGGCAAAGACUCUAAGGAGCUUCCCCAGCUUGAAUGCCGAUGAGGUUAUCAAGAUGACGGUCUUGAUUGUGAGAGAGUUACCUGAGGAUCUCUAUCGAGAUGUUGUGGCGCAUGUAAGGGGGGUUUCAUGAGGAUGAAAUUGCCCUAGAGGCUUGAUAAAAUCGGGGCCCAGAUGAUUUGAUGAGUUACGACGCGGCUUGGAUUCUAUGACGAGACGAACGACAACAAAAGUUAAGGUUCUCAUGAAGCUAUUAUUAUAAAGAUAUCGGGUCUUGGAAAAUUCGACCAGAUGAGAGGAGAGGUAGCUGUCUAGAAGAAAGGCAGAGGCAAUGUGCCUUCAUGGAUAGACAUCCUAUUGUGCAUACAAUUGACAUGCACAUGAGCAGGUCUCGCAGUAGCCUAAGCGAAAGAAAGCUAUCUAUUCAG